CUUGGCUCUGCAUUCGACAAGCUCCGACAAGUGUAUCGCACAUCCACAAGAGAAUCUCACCCGCUACAUACUGUGAUAUCUUCGCGCUGUGCAGAAUGCCUCAAGCCCGACGAACCUUCAUCAUCGGCGUCGGGUGCACGGCUUUCACCAAACCCAGAGGAGCCCGGGCCACGGAGGAUAUGGGACUCGAAGCUGCCACCAAGGCGCUUCUGGAUGCAGGCACGCUCUGGUACACUACAUCCUAGCCAACAGCUGUUCCAACUGCGUGGCCAGGGAUUACCUAUGAUU